ACUCGAAAAAUGGAGGCAAUACCUUACACUGCUUGAUUAAUGUCCUCAGUCGUCUUUGAUAUGGCAGCACUCUGGAUUAGCGAUCCCCAACUUGAACCAAGGCACAAACCCAUGGAGAUGGUGGUUGGCCUUAACUGAAAUUUUCAAACUUCAGAGACAUGGAGGAAAGAUGAUUCUGCAAGCAGCCUACCUUUUGUGGCACAUAUGGAAAGCUAGAAACGCUCAUAUUUUUGAAGGCAAGGCUGAGCUCCCUAUGAAGAUUUUCGAAGAAGGGAAAGAUAAGAGGAAAGUUAUGUUCUGGUUCUUGUCUUGGCUGUGUGUUCAUUUGGUGGGGUAUCCCAUAGACAUUGCUGAUGUAUGAGGCUCAUAUUUGGACCCAAUAUUUUCAUAUCAAUCAAAUUUCCUAUCUUAGUUAAAAAAAAAAACGGAGGCAGCUAAAACCUAAAAGUAGAAGAGAGAUGGAAGAGGAUAAGCGAGCAACAAUUCUGGUGACGAACGACGACGGAAUCGAUGCUCCUGGCUUGCGAGCUUUGGUUCACUCUCUUGUCGCCACCAAUCUCUUCAAAAUUCAAGUUUGCGCUCCUGAUAGUGAGAAGUCAGCAGUUAGCCACAGCAUCACUUGGCUCCACCCGAUAGCUGCAAAGCAAGUACACAUUGACGGAACCACCGCCUUCGCCGUCUCCGGGACUCCUGCUGACACUUCGAAUGACCUUGGCAAGAGAGGGGUAAUGAAACUAACAAAGGUAGUCAGUGGCAUAAACAAGGGUAGCAACUGUGGCUAUCACAUUGUUUACUCGGGCACUGUAGCAGGAGCUCGCGAGGCUUUUUUCAAUGGUAUACCUGCUAUCUCUGUUUCAUAUGACUG